AUGGAGUCCAUCACAGCAGAGAGAGAACAGCAGACAGGAGAGAAGAUACUGGAGCUGUUAUCAUCAGUGUGCCGACGUCAAAAUUUCCCCUAUGAUAACACAAACUUGACUGAUUAUGGAAAGAAAUUUCAGUCUGCCUUCCUGCUGGAUCUGUACUCCAAAGUGAAGGACUGUGAGACUAAAACAGGCCCGAGUGUCCUUCCAUCAUUACAGUCAGUUUUCCAGUCAGCUCCUGCAGUCUGGUCCAUAAACCUCUCAGAGAGAAAGACCUCCAUCCUCCUGGAAGUGCUGAGACUCCAACCAGAGAAGAAACAAGUGGAGCUGACAGACUGCUCACAUGAAGAGAGUGAAGUGAGGAGUUUCCUGCAGUGUCUGCCUUAUAUCUCAAAGCUCAGCUGUGAUCCAGACUUCUUCCAGAGUGUGUGCACAUCCAUGUCUGUAAGAUCCAGAGAGGAGGCCCAGCAGCUGGAGUCUCUGCUGCAGCUCCUGGGGUUCCAGCUGCUGUUAACAGGAGAGUUACACAGGAAAAGCUGCUGGCUUUCCAUCGACAUGUCCUUGCUCCUGUUUCAGUGGGUAAGAAGAGACAGAGUGGUCUGUCCGCUGGCUGUUGAAGAGCUUUCUCUUGUGCCUAAGAAAGCCCGACCAUCACACAGAGUAUUGUUGAGGGCUGUCAGUAGUUUGGCUUCCCUGUUGAGAUACUGGACAGUCGGACGGUUAGACCUGACUGAGAGCUGCAUCCCUGCUCAGGGUCUGAUUACACUGCUGCUCCAUGAUGGUCCUCUAACAGUCAAACUGAGUGAAGAGAGCUUCCAGCAGCUUCUGUGUCUCCUCCAUGAAAUCCAGGACAAGGACUUGACGUUGUCCUUCUUGAGUAAGGUUGGUGGAGACCUGACCUCCUGCUGUCUGAACUGGGAGCUUCUUCACUAUCUGCUGCAGCAGUCGUCAGCUCAGACCAUCACUGUGAACCUGAGGAAGAACCUCUUCUUACAGGAGGAAACCACACGUCUGCUUCCCUUUCUGGACAGGAUUGUGUUUAAAAGGCCCAGUCCCAGCUUUGUGAUGAGCUCCAUCAGAGAGCUCUACAGAGCUCAUGACAGUCAUGCUGUACCCAGUUUACUGAGGUCAUUUGGUCAUGUGAUCAACCUGAGCAGCAGAGAGCUGGACUCAGUGGACUGUGCUGCUCUGAUCUUCAUCCUCAAACACGGAGACGGAGUCAAACUGAACCUCCUGUGGACCUCCAUACCAGCAGAGGGAGUAGAGUCCAUCCUCUUCAUGCUGGACAAAGUUUCUCAUCUCAGUGUUGACAGGAAUCAGCUGCUGAGGUUCAUCCACUGCUGUGCUGCCUGUGACGUCCAGCAGGAGGCAGCGUCAGGCCUGCUGAGGACUCUGCAGCACAGCUUGGAUCUGUCCUGCUCCUCCUGUGUGGAGCUACCAGAGGAGGAUCAGCCUGAGUCUCUGAGUCUGACUGCUGAUGACUGCAGGGCCGUCUCCACCAUCCUGACACACAGCAGCCGGGACACACAGCUCGACCUGCGAGACUGUGAGGUGGAGGACAGCGUGCUGGACCUGCUGUUUCCUGUCCUCCACAGGGUCCGCCUCAGAGUCAGUAAAACUGUCCUCCUCCAGCUGCUGUCUCUGGUUCCUGUGAACAGUGAGAGGGACACAGUGAGGCGGGCGGUGUGCCUGUGUGGAGCCCUGGGUGGAGAGCUGGAUCUCAGUCACAGCACGCUGGAUCAGAGGGCCUGUGGGGCUUUGGUCCAGAUGCUGGACUCGUGUGAAGGGCUGACAGAGCUGGACCUCAGUCACUGUCAGCUCACUGACCAGCUGCUGCUCCCUCUCAUCACACAUCUGCACAAAGUCCAAGUCCUGGAUCUGAGUCACAAUCAGAUCACUGAUGCUUCGACUGAUGUGUUACUGCAGCUGCUCUCCAUCAACCCCUCCAUUGACUGUGUGCGACUCUUCAGCAACAACAUCGUGCACAGAGCAGCCUUCAAGGAACACAAGCAGUUUGAGAUCUGGUGAAGCACUCGUCACCAUCAUCAUCAUCAU